GGGGGGAUAGCUUCGGUCUCCGCCUUCAUGGAUGCCUUCCCAAACUGCGAUGGUCACCGGAGACGGCCCUGCGCAUGGGGGAGCUUGAUAGCCGCCGCAACCGCGCACGGCGCGUGUGCUCCUCCUUGCACCGACUGCUGUCCUGUGUGGACCACCUCUGGCAGAAGCUAAGGGUGUCAUGUAAGCGGCGGAGGAAUUCGCAGAAGCGGGUACUGUUCUACACCGCGCAGGGCAUUGCAAGCUUGGGUGUGAUGAUCGCCGCCAUCGUGCUUUACCAGAUCAUUCUAGCAACGGCCACUUCCUUGGGAGACACCUGUGGCUCCACGGUGCCCACCAACGACACAGACCUGAAGGCACAGGUCCUGUCCACCAGCAGCGCUGUGGAAUGUAGCAAUGAUGCCUUUGGACUCAGUGCCUGUGAGUAUGGAGACUUGCUGAAUGUGGCCAACAUGAUGUAUGCAAACUUCUACGUGAACGGCCUGCAGUUCUUGGUUUGCAUGAUCAUGAUCUACAGCCUGGGCAAGUUCACCCACCUCCCUGCUGAAAAGCUCCAGUUCGACAAGAAGAAUGCAUCUCGACUCAUGAUGCUCUUUGGCGGUAUUUGCAAGCAGGGCCCCUGGCUGACACGGCUGCUGCAUUUUGUGCAGGGCAUCUUGCUCUUCGGGUCCUGGUUGAUGAUGAUUUUGGGCUACUGCCAAGGGAAUCUCGCGUACACCAGCGCUUGCACUGCGUACAGCGAGGGCUGUGCGUACAACAAAGCUCGAAAUUGCCAAUACUAUUACACCUAUUGCAAACCCGAUGCGACGUUGCUUUUGGGCUGCUACACCCAAGCGGGCCGCGCAGCCUUCAGUGGCCGCAUGGACAUCCGCGUGCUCAGCGGAGUGCACUGCGUCGCCUGCGGCAUCCUCGAGGCGGACGCGGCCAAUGUCAUGGGCACCGACGAGUUCUACUUGUUAGACGACGACUCGAGGGGGACGGAUGCCUGGGUGUGCAACGAACAGCUGGACGGCUGCUUCCACACGACCGCCUGGUCCAGCAUCCUGCCGGAGUCGACGCGGAGUCGACGUGCCCCGCGGAGCAUCAAGUGCGGAGUCAGUACCACGGGCGGCAGCUGUGAAGCUUCGCUGGGUGGUGUCGUCACCGCCGCAUAUCUCAGCGACACCCUGGCGAGCAUCGCCUGUGCAAGACGUUUGGAUGAACGACGCCUCAACGAGACUGCAGACGAGACUGCAGGCGACGACGACGCCGCCGAUGCCGCGGAUGAUGGUGACGACGCCGCUGAUGGCGAUGCUGGGGACGAUGGCGACAGUGACACUGCGACCUCAACUGUCACUUCUCAGCAGUGCAGUUGGGGAAACCCAUCCAUCGAGGACUACUUCUUCGAAUCCAGUCAGUGUACUCAAGCGGGAUCCUUGGUCUAUCGCCUGAGCAUGCUUUACAUUUACUUUGCUGGCUGCUCCUAUGCUGUCUUCACCAUCUUUGGGCAGAUCGUGCGCUUGCUCUUGAACCCAGAGCCCUGGUUCUUCAACCCUGUGACCGCGGACGAGAAUUGUAUCUUCAAGUUCCUGCGCAAGGUCGCCCCGUGAACCUGCCAAGCAGCGGAACCGGGAAACGCCUUGCGCGAAGCGUAGCGCAGCUUCCAGCGCCGGAGGGGUGCUGGAGAUGCGGUGAAAUCAAGGCCGACAAA